UACUACAAGAGGAAAGUCCGAGUUCCUGCCGAUUAUAUUAUUUUUUAUUUUCUUCUGUUGACGUUCAACUUUCUUACAUUACCAAAGUACCUCAAGGUCAUAGCAUCCUUUACGUCGCCAGAGAGCAAUUAAGAAUCCCGAAACCAGAAAAAAGAGAAACGAAAACAAAGAACAAAAUACUGGGCUAGAAUUCGCUCCUAUUUGAAGACUCGUUUCAAUGGCUGCUGCGGAACUUUGAGUGGAGGACGUCUGAUGUAUAUACAAAAUACCUUUUAAGAUCUCCGUGCUUUAAGAGGAAAUGUGACGGAAGUAAGGAGGGAGCUGAAUAAACGACAUGAGGUGUUGCAGUUGAAAGACAGUAAUGGGAGAUAUGAAUCUCAGGCUUAUCGUUUUGGUUUCUGUCCUUAUUCUGUUAGAAAUAACAGUAAACGGGAGCCCUCAAUUCACCAGAUGCAAGGCAAUGAGUGGACAUGCUGGCCUCUGCGUCGCUGAUCGCUUCUGCAGAGUUCGGUCUAUAAAACUUGUUCCGUGCGUUACGGAUGACCCGUUUUUGUAUUGCUGUCCAUUUCCCGCCAACGAUACAGUUUGGAGUUUGGAAGAUAAAGAUUCUCCGCCCAUCAUCUUCCCCAAUGAAGCUUCCCUUUCUGGGAAACCAAUAGAUAAUGAUGAUGCCCGAGAAGAAGGCUAUGAAUCGGACGAAAUAGUUUUCCCUCAAGAUGAAACAACAACCACUAAAACUACACACCGGCCCACUCGAAAGUUACUUCCUUUUCCCUUUUUAGGGCAUACAACAUCCUUACCGAACUUGGAUAAGCAACCACAAAAUUCUCGAACACAAGAACCUAAACGAAUGCCUACGUCAAGGGAAAGAAAUCCAAAUGAAAAUGUUUAUAUUGAUGGAGAGCUAGAAGAAGGAGGACAAAUACUGUUCGAACUAUUCCCAAAACCUAAGACAACCACUCAAAGGCAGAGGAUAACUACAUUGAAAAAUCAAGUUCCAACAAAACUAACUGUUACCUCAAGACCAGAAGUGUCUACAUCUUCUAGACAAGACUAUCCCACAACAAAAUCGACCGUACAGCUUCCAGAAACAACUACUAAACUUACUCCAGAUAAAAUCACUUACGGCCCCUUUGACAGUAUUGACACCAAUAAGGCUUCUAUAGAACCAGCUUGCGGACAAGCCCCAUUUUCGCCUUUAAUUGCCGGAGGUACUGAGUCAAAGUCAAAACAAUGGCCCUGGAUGGCAGCUAUCUUUCAAAGAUUUACAACUGCUCGACCAAACAAAUUUCUUUGUGGAGGGUCAUUGAUCAGCACAAGAUAUAUUCUGACAGCUGCUCACUGUUGUGUUAGUGGGCCGUCUUCUGUCGCUCUUCCAGCCUCAUCGUUUCUGGUUCGGAUGGGCACAAACGUCGUUCACGAGGGCGAUACCUUCUCCAUAGCUAAAGUCAAAGUGCAUUCCAACUUCUCAUUCACUGGCCAAUUCAAUGAUAUUGCCUUGCUGAGGUUGACAGCUGAUCUUCCUUCUUAUACGGAUCGCAUAGCUCCUGUCUGUCUUCCUUAUCCUACGUUAUUAGACGCAGAUUUGGUGGACCAAGAAGCAACAGUUGUUGGAUGGGGAGCCUCAUACUUAGGUGGAGAACAUCAAGAGAUGCUACACGAGGUGACUGUACCGAUUGUAUCAACCGAUGAUUGCGCCUUGGCAUAUUCUAGAAUAAGAAGCGCUGCUUUUCUUGCCAGGGGCUCUACGCAUGUGCUAUGUGCUGGUCUCAAAGAAGGAGGGAAAGAUUCGUGCAAAAGUGAUUCUGGAGGACCGUUGAUGAUUCAACUCAAUAACGAUCGCUGGACCAUCAUUGGAAUUGUGUCAUUCGGUUACAGAUGCGCCGAACCCGGGUUUCCUGGAGUUUACACUAGUGUUCCUCAUUACUUAGAAUGGAUCUACAGCAAUACGCAAGACUGAUUUGUGAAUAAUCGAACCGUUGACUGAAUGAAUUUAUUCUAUUAAAAACAACUUGAAAAUGGGACUGCGACAGCCCAUAAUGUGUUAUUGAUGAGAACCUGAAUUCAGAGCCUGGGAUCGAUAUUCUUUGCAUCAGGAAAUCUUAAAUCAGAGAAGCAACAUUUUUUUUAUUAAAACAAGUUUUCUAAAGAAAUUCUUUUUUGUUUUAUAUUUUUGCACCACCUCUUGCAAACACACAUAAUUUUGUAAAUUUGUUCUUGAUUUAGUGUUUGAUUUAUAUGUAUACGAGGUAUUUUCGUUUGUUACCUAUAUUAAUGUAUUUAUAAAAUAAGCUAAGGUUUCAUAUCAGUUAUUGUUGUUAUGUUCUAGACUGAACUAGGAAUUCUAGACUGAACUUUAAAGUCAUAAUAAAAGAUUUGGAAUCACUA